CCCACGGGUGACCCUGCGCGGCAGCGCCUCCUGACGUAAAAUUCCCCAAUUCGGAGCACCGAAAACUCCAGGAAAUCUGCACCUGACAAAUCGAUUUUCUUUUCCUUUUAAUCGCAUUUCGGCUUCGAAGCCCACCACGCCGUUUCCGUCUCGUGUCUCGCGCGCGCGGCAUCGCCGCCACCACCACCACCGGAACCCUACGAAGAGACCCCCGGCCGUCCCGCCGCCGCACGCGGCGAUGGGGGCGGCGCGGCGGGGCCUGCUGCUCGACCAGUGGCGCGGGAUCCAGGAGGACGAGGAGGCGUACGACGACCGCGGCGACCCUUCCGCGGCCAACCAUCGCCGCCGCCGCCUCAACCAGGCCAAGGAGCAGUGGUUUUCACAUUGUUUUGAUUUUCUAGAAAGUUUGCCAAAAGAAGAGCAUAUUUGGUGUGGAUAUGCUGAUAUUAUGGGACCUUUUUUAGAAAUGUUCCAUGGUUACUUUGAUGAGCAGGAAAACUCACUCGUUAGAACAAUAUGGUCACGGAUUUCUCAAGAACUGGGCAUUUGUACACAGUGUGUGUGUGAACACCACCAGGCACAGGAAUCUUUUGAUACUGAAUGUCGGUCAGGUAGUAUUGACCCCCUCCAGAAAGUAUUACGGCAUCUUGAUGAAGAGAGGGUUACGAAGCACCUAGAAAAGAUAAAUGCAAUGAUUCAGCUUAAGGAAUAUGACCCUUCCUGUCAUGGUGCAGAAGUUGUUUGCAUAAUGUUCGAAGUUUUGAUGUAUCCUGUUCUAUUAGAUGACCAAUCACUGGCUAAUCAGUUCCAGAAGUUCAUUGAAACAAUUGAUGAAUCAUAUGAAGUGAGCCUUUCAACUAAUCAGCAAUAUCCUGGUGUUUACGCAUUACUUUUCUUCAAAAGUGGUAAAGCUCGGGCUAUUGGUCUUCGCUUAUCCCGAUCCAUGGGUAAAUUAAGGAAAGCGGUUGACCUGGAACCGCUGCAACCCUUACUGCAAAAGUACAUCAAUUUCCUGGAUGCUGAAGUUCUUCCAUCUACUCCAGAAUUUUCAAGGCCCAGGGUGCAGCUCCAAAGGGCUGAUGUUUGGCUUGGAUUUAAAUCACUCCUUGGAUUUCUCGAGGCACCUGCUUUUGAAGAUGGAAUCUUGGAGAAAUACCCUAUCUUCCUGAAUAUUGUACUUAACCAUGUCAGUGAUGACGGAUUCGAUUUAUCAUGUGCUGUUAGUUGCCUCAAAGCAUCAUUUGAAAUGCUUGGCUGCAAACUUUGGUUGAGAACAACGCUAUCACCUAGUGUUAUUCGGAACACAUUAUUGGGUCAGUGUUUUCACACUCGAGAUGAGAAAAGUCACAAAGAAAUAUUCGAUCUUUUCAUCCCGUUUCUUCAGUCCCUUGAAGCUCUACAAGAUGGCGAACAUGAGAAGCAACGGAGGAAUAUUUUGUAUUUUCUUCUUCAUCAAGUAACUCGGAGUAGUAAUUUCAGUGCACUGAUGAGAAAAAAUGCUACUAAGAUUGCUCUUCUUAUUGUGCAAAGAGGCUACACAAUGAACCCUCCUUGCCCAGCCUCGGAAUGUGCCCAUAUGUGGGGACCAUCUUUGAUAUUCUCGUUAAAUGAUACAUCCUUGCAUAGUUCUCUGCGUCAACCUGCGUUUGAUCUCAUCAAUAUUCUCAUAGUUUCUGAUGCUUCUGCCUUGAUUUCCUUUAAACUGAAGUAUGAGUCUGCCACAAAGGGUGAUUCAAGCAACUCUGUCAUGUUUGUCGAGGACGAGGAUGAAUUGCCUUUUGCCGAUGAUACCGCGGAAAAGGAGUACAGCUGUUGGAGUGAUUUCAGAGCUCUGAACAAGUUGACAUUUAGGGGAUGCAAGGAUUGGACAUGUGUCCCUUUGUUAUGGUAUCUGGUAAUGGUUCAGUUGGAACCCUCUAAACUGCCUAUGGCUUUUUCGAAAGCAGUGUUUUGGGCUCUAUCUCAUAUUUCUAUUUUGGAGCCUGGGUUAGCUAUGGACUUGUCAGUGCCUGUAAAUGAUUGGUUAUCGUCACAUGCUGGAGAAGUCUCGUCAACAUUUUCAUGGCAAGUUCCAAAUGGUGCUGAUGAUGGUGGAGGUGGGAAGGAUUGCAUCAAUACUCUCAAGGUGUCAAAAUUUGGUACCCUGUUAUUGAGAAUAUUUAAAAGAUUUGCAAUCCGUGUCAUCAUGCAAAUUGAGCAAUGUGGGCUUCAAAAGCAAUGGACAUGGGAACCAAUGAUGGCGGAAAGCUUGAUUUUGGCACUAGUUGAUCCCAAUGAUAAUGUGCGGCAAGCAGGGAGGGCUGUCAUGGAACAUGUAUCCCAAGCACGGGGUUUGACUCCUGGGCUUCAAUUUCUGUGCUCAAGUGCAUCUUCACUGUCUGCUGUUUUCGUGGGUCUAAGAUAUGCAGUGCAGCUGGUGGAAAGGCAGUCACUUUUGGCAGAUUUUCAUAGUCUUCAUCACUUGUUUUUUGUCAUAUGCAAAUUAGUCAAGGAGGACAUUGCUCAACAGCCUUCAAUUCCACAGCCAACAAAACCUUCUGAAGGUGGUUUCUUGCGUCAACCAUUUUCAAAUGUACCAAUUACCCCACCAGAACAUGCUGUAGAUAUUAUUUCCUGGGAGAAGUUCAGCACUUUGCUUUCAGCAACUCUCUGGCCUUUAAUUUCCGCGUGCCUGAUAAAGGGAGACGAGCUAAUAAAUACCAAACAAUGUCAGAUAUCAUGUGUUCGAGUGCUUGAGUUGCUUCCCCUAGUCUACAACAGAGUCAACUCAUAUUGUGCUGAGCCAUUCAGUAUGACGACAAUGGUUCCAGACCCUAGUGAUAUGACAUGGCUUUUUCACUUGAUUAACUGGGGGAAAUCAUCUCUGCUUGUGAUCAGCAGACACUGGAAACAGUGCAUGCUAUCUUUAUUUAAAAUAUUAAAGGGUUCACAUGGUGACACCAUUCAACGCUCCAUUGAAGAUCUUGGUGAUACCAUUUCACACGAUGUAAUUGAUAUGGAUGCACUUAAAGGGAGAAUUUCUAAUCUUAAUCUUGCGGUGUUCAAGAAGGUGCCCACAAAAUCAGUUGAAACCAUCCCUUCUCUGAUUAGGCACACAGAUCAGGAGAGGCAUACUGGUCGGGACAAUCUUGAGACCAUGAAGCCCUCUCACGCGUCAGACACCGAACACAUAAUUCUUCUUUCAGACAGUGAAGAAAAUUUGCCUACAGAUGAUGUCAUUGGUGAGGAGGUUUUGUCUUCAGUGAAGGAGAAUGACGGAUUUACUGCUUCAGAUCUGUUAAAAAAUCCCUCUGUACAAACAAUGCCAGUUGAAGAUAAACAUGUGUCCUUAAAACAGCAGACACAUAGUGAUAUUAGUGCCUCUUCAAGACCUGUAUCGACGGAGAGUAGAGGCACACGUGCUGCCUCAAAAGGAUUAGGUGGAACAAAAAUGCCAAGUGUUCCAGCCAAUAAAAAUAGUACUUCCCAUUUACCAAACAAGGUUAAAUCAUCUGUUAGCGCCACUACUCAACCAUCCCGUCCAAAUUUGUCAUCGGAUGUAUGCAAAUUUAAGUCAAUUUUCAGAGAUAUAUCUGAUGAUGAAGAUGAUCCCUUAGAGCAUGCACUUGAUAAUUACAGAAGACCACAAAUUCGUGUAACAAAGUCUGCCAUAUUAAUUCCUAAAAGGCAAAUAGUUCAACUUCAGUUGCCUUCUGAAAGGAGACAGUCUUCUGGCAGACCGGAUACCAGUUUCCGACGUUUUAGUCCUCCUAAGCUGGACAGUUGGUUUAAGAAUAUAUUGGAAAUGGAUUACUUUGCUAUUGUUGGGCUAUCUUCUUCCGAGACAGUAAAGAAACCUGCUUUAAAACAAAUUCCUGUCUGCUUUGAUUCACAAGCUCAAUACAUUGAGAUCUUCCAGCCACUUGUUAUAGAAGAGUUCAAAGCUCAGUUGCAGAAUGCUUAUGUUGAAACCCCUCCUGAAGAUAUGAUGUGCGGCUCUAUAUCUAUACUCUCAGUUGAAAGAGUUGAUGAGUUUCUUGUUGUUCGUGGGCGUGCUGAGAACACAGUGUGUGUCAAAUCUAAAGGGUGUAUAGAGAAUGAUCUAAUACUGCUUACCAAGGAUCCACUGAAAAGCUCUGGACAGCAAGUCCAUGUGCUUGGAAAGGUGGAUCGGCGUGAGAGUGACAAAAAUAAGGCUUUAAUUAUUGUAAUAAAGUUCUACCUCUCGAAUGAGAUUCCACGUUUAAAUAAAGUGAAACGGCUUCUUGUUGAAAGAAGUAAAUGGUUCUUGAAUCGGGUUUUGAGCAUGACUCCUCAACUCCGAGAAUUCAGUGCUCUCUCAUCAUUAAAUGACAUCCCAGUGCUUCCAGUAAUCCUGAAUCCUGUUUCAUGUACUGCAACCAAUCAUGAAUCUUUUAAAGUGUAUCUUGAUAAACUUGCACGCCCUCUGCGGAAAGUAUUGAAGUCUUCAUACAAUGACAGCCAGCUCCAAGCUGUUAGUAUUGCCAUUGGGUCAGCAAGCUCGAAAACAAAAUGUGAUCUGUCUCUUAUUCAGGGCCCUCCAGGUACAGGUAAAACAAAAACUAUUGUUGCGAUCGUGAGUGCAUUGCUUUCUUUACAUGCCGACAACUCUUACAAUUUACCAAGAAAUGAAUCCCUGGCUAGUGCUGAAUUUACCAAGCCAAGAACAAAGAUUAGUCAAACUGCUGCAGUAGCUAGAGCUUGGCAGGAUGCAGCCCUGGCUAAACAACAGAUAAAGGAUUCCCAGAGAGAAAACCCGAGGACAGAACGGCUUUCAAAAGGCAUCCUUUCAAGAGGAAGGGCUCUAAUAUGUGCGCAGUCAAAUGCGGCAGUUGAUGAACUUGUGUCAAGACUCAGUAAAGGAUUGUAUGAUACUGAAGGAAAGCUGUAUAGACCUUAUAUAGUGAGGGUUGGUAAUGCAAAGACAGUUCAUCCUAAUUCAAUCCCUUUCUUUAUUGACACACUUGUUGAACAAAGGUUGUCAGACGAGUUGAAGAUUAAUGAUGAAUCCAAAAUUUCAUCCGAUGGCGGAUCCUCUGGUUCACUUAGGGCUAGGUUGGAGAAGGUUGUAGACAGAAUUAGAUAUUAUGAGUCACGGCGAAAACUAGUGGAGGGUGAUAAGACAGAAACUGGAUCUUCUGUGCCCGAUGAAGAUGAGAUGGAUGAAGUUUCUGAUGAAGCAAUUGGUGCAAAGCUCAAUAUUUUAUAUACACAGAAAAGGGCAGUUUCUUCAGAACUUGCCACUGCUCAUGCACGUGAAAAGAAAAUAGCUGAUGAAAACAAGUCUCUUAAGCACAAGGUAAGGAAGUCAAUUCUCGGAGAAGCAGAGAUUGUUGUGACAACGCUCAGUGGGUGUGGAGGUGAUAUUUACGGAGUUUGCUCGGAAACUGCUUCAGCUAAGAAAUACGGGAAUUUCUCUGAGCAAGCUUUGUUUGAUGUUGUUGUUAUCGAUGAAGCUGCGCAGGCUCUUGAGCCUGCAACUUUGAUUCCACUUCAGCUACUCAAGUCGAAAGGAACUAAGUGCAUAAUGGUUGGUGAUCCGAAGCAGCUACCUGCUACCGUGAUGUCUGGAUUGGCUAGCAAGUUUCUCUAUGAGUGCAGCAUGUUUGAACGCCUACAAAGAGCUGGUUAUCCAGUUAUUAUGCUCACUAAACAGUACCGAAUGCAUCCUGACAUUAGCAGAUUCCCGUCGUUGCAUUUCUAUGAAAACAAACUGCUGGAUGGUGCUCAGAAGGCUGAGAAAUCAGCUCCUUUCCAUGAUCACAGUUGUCUUGGUCCAUACAUGUUCUUUGAUAUUGCCGAUGGUCGUGAGCGUGCUGGAACAAGUGCUGCUGCACAAUCACUCUCUAAUCAAUUUGAAGCUGAUGCAGCACUUGAAAUACUGUCAUUUUUAAAGAACAGAUAUCCAGCAGAUUUCUCCUGUAGAAAGAUAGGGAUCAUAACUCCGUACAGGAGUCAACUCUCCUUGCUGCGUUCAAGGUUCACUUCUUUUUUUGGGCCUGAGAUUGUUGCUGAGAUGGAAAUCAAUACUGUGGAUGGAUUUCAAGGUCGGGAAGUUGACAUCUUGGUGUUGUCAACUGUUAGAGCCUCCAACUCUUCAGGUGACAGGCAUCACACUGGUGAAGCACGUAGCAUUGGGUUUGUUGCAGAUGUUAGGCGUAUGAAUGUUGCGCUAACACGCGCCAGGUUUUCUCUAUGGAUAGUUGGUAAUGCAAGAACAUUGCAGACCAAUUCACACUGGGCUUCCUUAUUACAGAAUGCUAAAGAACGUAAUAUGCUCAUCUCAGUUCAGAAGCCCUAUAGUCUGAUCUUUCAAAAUGUUCAUGGUACUACCCAUAGUCACCUUAAGCAGCAGAAGGAAAAUGAAAAGGCUGAUAUGACAAACUCGCGGACAGUCGAUGCACAACUCCAUAAAGAACAUGUGAGACAUGCUGACAGUGCUACAGAAAAGAAAGGUAAAAGUUUACGUGAGGAUCAGGCAAAACAAGCAUCACACUGGGAUCAAAAGACUCGUAAAACUGAAGGCUCCACCUUGAGAAAAUUCAGUCAAGAAAAUGAAGCGACAACGCAGAAUGAUGAUAUGAGAGCUACCAAGGGCUCAUUGAAACAAGAUAUUGAUCAGGAUUUGGUGAUAAGAAAGCAAGGGGCAGAAAAGAAGUCUGUGCAGAAUGUAAAUCAGCUGGAGCUUGCUAAAAGGUUGGCAACAGGGGAUCCCCAUGAUGGCUCUCGUGUCCGAAGGCAAAGGGAAUUGAAUAGGCCUGUUAGCGAGAAUGCUGAUAUGGAAACUGAUAAGGCCUUAUUUAAGCAUGGUCCAUCUGAGAAUCCCAAGGUGAGAUUACAUAAUAACGACAAAAAGGCUGCCAGCCAAAACAAUGAUAUGGGAACCAUCAAGUGUUCGUCAAAACAUGAUUCUGUUGUAAAAUCAGUGGCCAAGCAGGAUGAUGGUUCUUCAUCAGCACAACACCGUGAAAUGCAGAAUUUGAUACAAAAGGCUAAAGGAGCAAGGAAGUUUUCUGAAACACCAAGGUUCAGUAAUUCAAACAAAGAGGGUUCCUUGCUUAAACAUGACGCGGUUUCGGAAUUAGCAAAUAGGAACAGUGGUACUGGUCCACCAACAAUCCCUGAUAUGAAGAAAAAUAAGGUCAAGGGGGCAAGGAAGUUUACUGAACAACCAAGAUCUGGGAACUCGAAUCAGGUGGAUCCAUCAGUUUCAUCACAUUUUGAUGGAACAAGUAGCCAUAUACGGGACCUCACGACAAGCCAAGCUGCUAAGCAAACUGUAACUAGUCAAAAGGACCAAAUUGCAGCGAGAAAGCGUCAAAGGGAGGACGUUGAAUCUUUACUUUCCUCAGCUCUUAUAUCAUCAAAGAAGCCUAAGAAGAAACAAAAAUGAGACCAUGUAGCAAAGGUGGUAGUGGAUGAUCCUUAGCAGCUUUUAGCAUGAUGAUGCGCUGAUCGCGGAAUACUGUGGCUGCCUUGAGGUGUGCAGCCAAGGCCCGUAGCGGUGCUUGAAUUGUUAGUUACUAAAGCUGACACGUCGACUGAUUUUGUGAGACAAGUUCUUGUGACGUAGGUAGGUAUUUUGGAGAUUUCCCCCUGACCAGACAUUUGGAGUACAAAAGGUAGGACCGUCCAUUUGGUGGAAGAAGUGAUGAAGAUACUUGCUUUAGAAGUGCAAGUUGAUUCUGGCGCUGUAAAUAUUUGUACAUAGACGGGAUUAAAAGAUGGAAUGGAUAUCACGUGGGAGCUUGGGUGGUAUUCAUAUUCA